CUCAACAAAGAAAUUGAUCUCCUGGGUGGAGGAAGAUGGUUGCCGCCCAGGGGUUGUCCUUAAGGGCCGCGACGCAGACAUCGGUCACUCCCUGGCCGAGGGGCAGGCUCCUCGCGGCCUCCCUGGGACUCCGGGGCGUGUCCUCCAGCCCCGAGGCCGGCGACGGGCAGAUCCGCCUCACGGACAGCUGCGUCCAGAGGCUUCUGGAAAUCACCAAAGGAUCAGAAUUCCUCAGGCUGCAGGUGGAGGGAGGUAGAUGCUCCGGAUUCCAGUACAGGUGUUCACUGGAUACAGUUAUCAACCCCGACCACAGGGUAUUUGAACAGGGUGGGGCAAGAGUGGUGGUUGACUCUGAUAGCUUAGCCGUCGCGAAAGGGGCCCAGGUGGACUUCAGCCAAGAACUGAUCCGAAGCUCAUUUCAAGUGUCAAACAAUCCUCAAGCACAGCAAGGCUGCUCCUGUGGGUCAUCCUUCUCUGUCAAACUUUGAUGCGAUGACAGGUGACUCUGAGAUUGUCACCAGUUGUACCAAUUUGAGGAACGUGGAAUUAGUAGAAUUCUAGAAGUUUCCUUCUAAUCAUGUCCCUCUCCAUUUUAUUUCCCACAGUCCAGGAGUAUUGUGUUAUGCCACUAUUAUUUUCAGAACGGGAAGAUUUUACUCUUGGCUUAAUUUUUCCCUCCAACUCCCCUCAGUGCUAAGGCUGCGCCUCCAGAUGCUGUUACCUCAGAUUUAAUCACUAGCUGAAACUCCAUAUAAUCUGUAGAGCCUCCACAGCUCUAAAAUUUGGAAUUAACUUCUCUGGCCUUAAGAGCUGCUUGUACAUAUGUGGAUAGCUAUGUAUAAAAGCUUCAUUUAAAAAAAAAGAAAGAAAAGAAAUCGAUCUCCUGCUCUGCCAGAAUUAAGAGCCCUGGACAGAGAAUCAGGAGCCCAGAAUUCAAAUCCCAGCUCUGCUUCCAGGGCUCUGUGCCAACCGGAGCACAUCAACUUGCCUUUUCAGUGUUGGUCUUUUCAUCUGAGAAAGGGGGAGAUUUAUGGAGGGAGGAGGAGACUGAGACCCAGCAAUGGAGGACGAUCGUGGCCAAUGAAGCCUGGGACAGGCAGAAGUGGAGAGAAAGAAUUUCCAAACUAGAGGAGAAAAAAAAAAAAAAGAGGGGGUAAAGGGCCCAUUUCCAGGAAGGUGAGCUCUGCUUUGUGUCUUCUGGUUGGUUCGGGGGAGUAAACUAGUCAGGACUUUUUCAAAUGGAAAUGACAGAAACUCAUCUUAAAAUGUCUUAGUAGGACCAAAAAAAAAAAAAAAAAACGCAAACCAGGGAGAGAGUGUUCUUUGGCUCCUGUGAUAAAAAGCGAAUGGGAGUGGGGCAUGGUGGCUCACGCCUAUAAUCCCAACACUUUGGGAGGCUGAGGCGGGCAGAUCACCUGAGGUCACGAGUUUGAGACCAGCCUGGGCAACACAGUGAAACCCCAUUGCUACUAAAAGUACAAAAAUUAGCCAGAUGUGAUGGUGCACGCUUGUAAUCCUGGCUACUCGGGAGGCUGAGGCAGGAGAAUCACUUGAACCCAGCAGGCAGACGUUGCAGUGAGCCGAGAUCACACCAUUGCACUCCAGUCUGGGUGAUAGAGUGAGACUCUGUCAAAAAAAAAAAAAAGCAAAUGGGGUGUCUGCAAUAACAAGAUGCUUGAGCUCAUUCUCACCAUCUCCAGCCUCGGCUUUCUCCUGCACCAGUUUUGUUUGCAGGGUGACUUUGAUGGCAAGGUCCAAAAUUACAUCCUAU